CUCUACUGUAGAGACGAGAGUGGAUGAUUUGGGAAUCGAGGAAGGUGGAGGAAAUGUUCAGUCAGGGUGAUGUAUGUCGUAAGAGUUUGUGUCGACCAAGGAGGGUUUUUGCGGUUAGUGCGCGUGAGCCAAGCGUGGCUUUGCUGCACUUCGGACCACGCGUGAGAGACUGAAACGGCAACGCAGGACACGCAGAGAGUCCCAAAGCCUUCACGGACUGCUGGACAAGGAAAAGAACGCGGCAAACACAAAUAGAGAAUCGAGAGAUGCGCAGCACACGCUUUUUUUUCUUGUUGUUGUCUGCGGAAACGAAGGGCGGGAUAGCGGCGUGGCCGGUGGCCGUGAGAAUCCGGGCUGCGUCCCCUUUUGUGGCGGGCGAUAUUAGAUAAGGCAGCGCCUGCUGCAAGUGCUAAAUUGCUAGCGCCAAGCCUUGUAACAGGUUGGCAGUUGCCGUUCGAUGGAGGGCGUUGGGCACAGAUACAGAGGGGUUUAGCGGCUGUUAAGGGGGCACCUGCGGUUUGAUUUUUUUUUUUUUUUUUCUCUCGGCGGUAACUGAGAAUUUGGUUUCAAUCGCCACUAGCAGAGGUACUCCGUACUUGCGUCCAGCGGCUGCCUUGGCUCGCUAGCGGGCAAAAAGAAAGAACUGGAGCCUGCUGGCCUUCAGCUGACGUUGUAUUCGGUACCGGCCACCGCUAGAGGCGCUAGGGCGUCGGUAAUGGGUACGUACCCCGGACCGCCCAGAUGGAUGACAUCGAAGCCUUUUUGCUAGCCUCGGCCGCGACGGGUAUAAUGGCUGCCAAGGCCAAAAUAAACAUGGACGAAAAGAGUGGAAAUUGCAGCUUGGAAACCGAAAUCUUCAAACAAGUUUACAGAAGACGGUGGGACUGUUCAGCUCUGUCUGUGCUUGCCGUGUCGAUCUCGCUCGGGCUCGGAUGUAUCUUUUAGUGGCCGUGGUUGCGUGCUUUGAGGUGUGAUUGGGUUCGAUGACAAGCCAAAGUCCAUAAGGCUGCCUACUUUAUUCACCCUCUAUGGCAUUCAUCCUAAUAACAUGUCCUUUCACCAAGGUAUCUAGGCAUCAUUCGACAGUCCCGUCAAUUCCCUUCAUGCCCAGUUCUUGUCCCCGCCGGAACCGAGAGCCAUUUUCUCGGCUGCCGGUCCAGCAUCUCAUGGCUUCCUCCCGGCAAAGGCACCGCAACAAAAGUCCUCUCCAUUGCAAUCAAUAUCCGCGUCCAUCACAUCUCAAUCACCAACAACGCUAGACUAGCAGAGCGGCAAGCUGACCGGGAAAACGCUCCAUUUACUGGAAUAGGAUAUCUCAACCCAACGGCCCAAAGAGUCGUCACGUUCGAAUAAUUGUAAUUGAUACUACUUACCUGCAUCGCCUAUUUCCCUUGCCGUUCGUGCAUAAUCAUGUGCUUUUCCCCUCUUUCAGUUUUUUUCGUUACUACUGCACGACAUCUGCAUGGGCGGCGGUAUCUGCGUCUCUAAAGUGGGCGGAUGCGCACGUUAUAGAUGCAUACAGGACAGGAGACCAAUGAAACUGCUGAGCACUCAAAUGCUUAAUAAAUACAUGGAAUAACUCCAUUGUCAAUAGAUUAUCAACAAGUCUAUCAUUUGGAGACAAGCAAGGUUACCCGUGAAGCAUUCAUGAGCAAUCUCAAGAAUAUCAGAGUCCCUCAUCCGACAUGUAACCUCGUACUUGUACAAUGGUGCAGGGUAUGAGCAUCUCGUCCAUCAAAAAAAGACACAUGGCCCGGCACAUCUGCAGCUAAGCAAAAGGAGGAGGCACCGAUGGAGCACGAAUGGCUUGCGUCUGAGUAUUUGCG